CCCGGUAGCUGGAGUUUGAAAAAUGGAGACGACCGAGUCUACGGAGGAAUCUCGGUCGCGAUCUUUAGAAGUACACCCCAGCUCCGAAGGACCCGAGACCACUUCAGAACCUAUUCCUUCUUCCGGUGGCAGUCCUAGGUCCACCCUCGAGGCCGUCACUGUUCCAGCCACCUUGUGUAAAGAGGCUCAUGGGCCGUAUUCUAUUCUCACAGAGCCCUCUUCUGACAGUCUUCUGGAAGCUGCCUGCCCUAGACCCCAUCACAUAGGCCAUGGGAGGUUUGGCUAUCAGCCCCUCUGUGUUUCUUAUGUACCUCGGAAUCCCUGUGCCUCAGAUCCCAGCUCAAGCCCUGUUCCUACCUCUUCUCAUCCUGGCCAUAGCUCUGGCCACAGCUCUGGUCCGGGCUCGGGCUCAGGCUCUGGUCUUGGCCAGAGCUCUGAUACUGGUCAGGGCUCCAAAGGUCCUGCCACUGGGCCUGCUCUUGCCCAUGGGCCUGGUCUUGCCUCUGGACCUGGGCCUGCUGACUCUGAACCUGGUCAUAAGUUCAGCUCCAGUGUUCCUCAAGGGUUUGGAAACCCGCCACCAGACCUGCUCCCUCAUACUAGCACAUGGGAUCAGUACUGCUACUGUGUGCCAUGCCACCAACCCUGGGAACCUCUGCAAGUCUCAGAACCCGGAGUCCGAGGGCCAUGGAAACCCCCAGAGGUUGAGAGGAAAUCUGAGUUUCUCUGUAAAACACGGCCCCGUGGCCAGUGUCUCCUUUACAACUGGGAUGAAGAGAGAGCCACCAACCACUUGGAUCAAAUCCCGAGGUCGCAAGAUGGCUCUGAGAGUUACUUCUUCCGACAUGGACACCAGGGAUUGCUCAGCAUACAACCUCAGUCACCUAUGCCUUCUAGCACCACCCAGACAGACUCAUACCAGCCCCCAAGAAACGUCUGUCAGCCACUUCGAGGGAAGCGGGAAGCUAUGCUGGAGGUGGUCCUGCACCACCAGAUCUGUAAAGAGGUACAGGCUGAGCAAGAACCUCCAAGGAAGCUCUUUGAGGCUGAGUCAGUAACACACCAUGACUACAGAGCAAAGCUGGUCCAAACAGGGCCUCCGGCCCCUACAAAGCCUCACGAUUACCGCCAAGAACAGCCUGAAACGUUCUGGAUACAGAGAGCAUCACAGCUACCGGGUGUCAGUAACAUCAGGACCCUGGACACACCAUUCCGGAAGAACUGCAGCUUCUCAACACCAGUGCCCCUGUCUCUAGGGCAGCCUUUGCCUUACGAACUUGAGAAUUUCCCCCACCAAAUGGGGGUGAUGUCUUCCCUUUCCUGUCAGGGAGGGGGGCAGGGCUGUGGAGGGCCAAGGACAACUCCAGCCUAAGAGUUGACGAGGAGAGUGGACCAGGAAUUUGGAAUUUAUUUCUGUCUAUACUACAGAGGUAGGUGUGGGUGGAAUUAAUUCUCUGUACUUGAUGAGGGGGUUUCACAUAAAGCACUCUCCUCCUGAA